ACGUUAGUGUCCUUCAUUGCUUCUUGAAAUGCGACUGACCCUGCGGGCUUUGAUUUCCCAUGGCCGAGUGGCUCGUCGGAUGGGACUCGGACCUGAGUCCAGAAUCAACAUGCUUCGGAACAUACUCACUGGUCUGGUUCGACACGAAAGGAUAGAGACAACAAGAGCCCGAGCCGAUGAAGUUCGCUUUUACGCUGAAAAGAUUAUUGAUUAUGCAAAAAAAGGAGAAACCGAUGAAAAGUCAAUGAAAAUGGCUGAUUUCUGGCUAACAGAAAAAGAUUUGAUCCCCAAACUCUUCAAAGUUCUGGCGGUAAGAUUUGAGAAUCAGACAGGUGAAUAUACACGCAUGGCCCGCAUUCCUAACAGAGAGAAUCUGGACCGCGCAGCAAUGGCUGUCCUGGAGUACAAGGGCAACCCUUUCCCUCCCCUGCUCCCUGUGAAACGUGUCCGUGAACUGAGUUUGAUAAACCAACUUCUGAAAGGAUACCGAGAAGAAAAAGCUCUAAUGGCCGCUGAGAAAAAGGACUUCUAAACUUGCACUGUAUUUGUACAUUAUGUUUUAUGUCAUAAACCAGUAUACAUUGAAUUAAAAUAUCCAAUAUUGAGUGUAUAGUUGAUGAUCUAACAUGCCCAUGUUUUUUUUUAAUUCAGAAUUUUAAAAUCAAAAUGGAUAUAUCUGUAUAAGAUGAGUGUGUCUGGGGUGCUGGUAACUGGUCACAAACAGAUGAUUUGACAUUUUUAUUUGGCAUUUUGUCUUCACCAAUUAAUUCCAGACGAACCAAUGGUGUGACAGUCGAAUGAAAGUAUACAUUAGAAAGAUACUAUUUUUUUUAUGAAUCUGUUUGUUUUAAAGUACUUUUUGUUUGGGUGCAACCCCCUGCUUAUAUUUUCUUGCAUCCCAAUAUGGGUCAAUAUUUAGGAUUCACUUGGGUAUAGGGGUGUGACUACAUGGUUUUAAACUUUUCAAGCCCCAUGACAAUAAUUUGUUAGGGAAUGAUUUGUACUCCAGAGUAGUAGGUUUACAAUUAGCUACAUUCGUUGGUAAUCUAUUAUUGCAAAAAGAAACAAACAAUCCAUUGUAGUAAAACAGACCAUUUUAAUUUGGCAAAAGGGUAUGCACUGCCAAGUCAUUUGACACUAUUAAAAUGCAUUCAGUAUGAACAGUGCAACAGAAAUGUGCUUAACUGAAUCUUUCUGUGCUCCCAAAUGUGAUGUGCUCUUAUCUAUCAUACAUUCAAAAAAAAAUCUGUCUCUUCUCUGCUAGGUGUGCAACA